GUUUCAGUGACACAGCCAGUGAUGAGAAUCAAUCACACAUUUAAACGUAAUUCGAAAUGGAUGAUGGCCUGUAAUAUAUUUGUGUUUAUCAGUAAAAUUUAUGGACUUGUCAUGUUUAUGAACAUAAACAUUAUGGUGCUUAACUGUCUUCUCAAUUUUCAUCACUGUGUUGUUUUCCAUAUAAGUCACGAUAUUAUUGUUUUUGUGGUAUUUUAUAGCCGUGAUAAUAGUGAGGUGAAAAUCUGACAUUGUGACAGUCCCAGUCUGAGCCAUAGACUGUCUGAAAUGAUGGAUGACUCAACAGAGAUCCCAAGUGAAGCCAAAACUUUUAAACCUUAUAUUGCAGCUCAGUGCACUUGGAGGGGUGCUCGCCUGGGGAGUAAUUUGGGCUAGAACCGCCACUGACGACGGACAACUUGGUUCCGCCUCCCGCCUGUAAACGGAUUUGAAGCCAAAAAGUUCUCGGUAUUUCUGCGAUUUUUCUUCAUUUCCUGAAACUAACAUUGCGCAGUAGCGUUGUACGCAUUUGGCGAGAGAGUCGCUGUGAUGACGCUCGGCUCAAACAGCGAACCGGGUGAGCUACACAAUCUUCGUACGCCAAUAGGCUGUAUCAAGUUUCAAUCAUAGAAAACAUGAACCCCCUAAUAACCUUCAAAAACGGAGCUUCACAGAAAAAAGAGGACUUGAUCAAAAACCAGUCUGACAGUAACUAUAUGUCAACAUUGCAACCAUUUAUGAUUUAUGACCUAUACUGCAGCCCAUCACCAGAGGGUGCUGUUCUCGGAGUGGCUUCACCCAGCGAGGAGGCAGAUGGCGUCCAUUCUAUAUACAGUCUAUGGUGUGAGCGUACGGAGUAUUCACAUGCAGGAUACUUGUGCAGGAAAAGUCCACUCAGCAUAUACUCAGUGAGGUUGUUAGCAGUUUUGUGAUUCAUGUAAUCUUCAUCUUUACUAAGCUAAAAAAAAAGAUCAGAAGCUAAGCUAGCAUAUCAAAUUAAACAAACAGAUUUAAUCAGCAGGCGAGUAAUCGGGUGUAACAGGCUCUUUUCCUCUGCGUUAACAUCCACAUGGGAAAAAGAAACUAGUAUUACUUGAUUUGAAGACUGACGGCUGGUCCUUUCAUCCUGGACAUCUUUAGUCACCGUGUCGAGUUUUAUAGAGUCAGGGAAAAAAAUCCCUUUGUAGUGGGCUCUCAGCUGAAAUAAUGAUUACAAAACAUAACCCACUUCAGGAACACCAAACAAUAAGAUGCCAGUGGGGAUUGCAUAGUUCACAUCAAUCACUCAGCAGUAAGCCUGUAUGUGGCCUGGAUUUGCUUAAAGAGAUUACUCUAAGAAGUUAGAGAAUAGACGUUUUGUGUUCACCUCCUACUUUUAAAAAUCUACAGUCUGCAGCUGGAACAAUGUAAGACCUGUAUCUGAGCCUGUAAAAGAGAAAUACGACGAAGGAGCUAUAAACUCUGUCUUCAGACUGAUCCAGAGAGGUCUGUGAGCCAGCUCCACGGCCGAUACUCGGGGCCAACAAAACAAAUCAAAACACUCCUGCUCUCUGAAUAAACUGUGCGGUGUUACGCUUGUUUAUUGAGGUGUUGCAGCUGCAACUCUCAACUUCCCUGCGCCAAUCCUCAGAGAACAAUGUGAGGAUGUGAUUAUUUUUGAUAAUCUCAAGGUAAGCUGCCAGGCUGCUGAAAUCCAGGGCUGUUUAAGCGAGAGGAAAAAGUCCAAACAGAAACAAAGAGGUUUGUUCUACUCUGCUGCUUUGGCUGAUUCUUAUCCUGUGAUUUCUCAAAUAUGAAAAGUUUACCGAUCAACAGAAACUUCACCUUGGACUAACUCAGAUUAAGAGUUUAUUUGGUGGGUGGAAUUUAUCAGCUGAUCUCAAAGAGCAGAUUUUUAAGUUGUUGUGAAUUUGUCAGUGGUCGUAUUUCCUCUGAGGGAAAAUUCAGGACACAGAGGAAAAUAAGCAGAUUGAACUGGCUUCUAACAGACACAGGUGGCUCAUUCAUCAGAUCCAUGAUGAAGAUUUAAAGUUGAAAAAUAAAAAAACAUCUCUUCAAACUUUACUGCAACAUAAAAAAACACCUUAAAUAUGAGUCUGUUCAGUCUCUUCAUGUGUUUCUAACCACAUGUGUGUCUUCAGUCUGACGAAACAGAGAGGACAGACCUAAACACACACAGAGCGAUUGAAAAACGACCCCACACACCACCAACUCUCCGCAGAAAGAGGUCAAAGGUCAGGUACAACUCAGCAUCCCAACAGAGGAACUCCACAGAGCUGAGCUGAUUUACUGCACGAAUAAUAAAUCAGCUCUGCUCAGCAUUUCUGAAAAACUGAAACUGAGUCAUGACAGGGUCUGUUUCAAAGAGCUCUGAAUCUGAGUCACCAAACAGACAGGACAAGACCGCCCUCUAGUGGUAAGAAUAGACCAGACUAAAACAUAAAAGAAUGAAAAAUAGAGCAGAGUAAUAUGGAACAGUAAAGUGACUGUUAUUGUAUUGUUAUUGUCCUCCUGCCCUCUGGCUGCCGCUACAGGAGCCUCCAGGUCAGGACCAGCAGGCUAAGAGACUUUCACAGAGCACUCACUCUCUUGAACUCUCAUCCUGUUAAAGCACACAUUAGAUAGAUAGAUAGAUAGAUAGAUAGAUAGAUAGAUAGAUAGAUAGAUAGAUAGAUAGACAUGCCUAUAUAUUUAUCAUCUAUGUUGUAAAUAAUAUUUGAUACUUGCGCUAUUGCACUUCUGGUGAGAUGAUAAACUGCAUUUUGUUGCACUGUUCUGAAUAAGUGUAAUGACAAUAAAGUUGAAUCUAAUCUAAUGUGGCAAGGUCGCCCUCUAGUGGUAAGAAUAAACUAGAAUAGAGGAGAUAAGAUUGGAAAAUGGAACAGAAUAGAAUAGAAUAGAAUAAAUGAAAGUUAUUGUAUGUGGCGAGGUCGCCCUCUAGUGGUAGGAAUAGAAUGGUAAACAGAAUAGAAUAGAAUAGAAUAACGACUGUUAUUAAAUUAUAGUAUACAGCUACCUAAAAAGUGAUGCAUCUGAAACAGUUGGUAAAUAUAUGACUAAAGACAAACAAUCUAGCUAAACAGAAAAAAACACAAACAAUCAAACUGUAUGAGCUGUAAAGUGAAAGGAAACUACAAACGAGAUCAAUUAAACUUAACUGUACUGUGGUUUACUUUAUAACCAAAGAAGCUGUUUAUCUACUUUGACUCAUCAGUUUGAUGCUCCGUGGAAAUAAACAGUUUUUAAGUUUAAAUAAAAACACAAUCAGGUAAUCAAUCAGAGAAUGGUUAAUCCUGUAUAAAAGUGAGAGUAGAACCUACUAACAGGUGGAUGUGGACUCACAGAGUUCUUUUCCUCCACAAAGAUACAGUUUUUCCGAUUUUAGAAAAAUAACAAUCUAAUGAUAAAUCUUUCACAUACAACGAUUCAAUUUCUAUUCAUAAAUGCAACAAAUAAAAACUAAAAUUUACAAACCAAAAAAAUAAUAAUUUAUUGAAUGAAUAAACGUUAACUGAGGGAAACUUAAAAAUAUCGUAGAAAGAAAAUAAACUAAACAGUCGCUUCGAAAUGACGCACGAAUUCAGCUGACGUCAUCAAAGCGCACCGUACAGCAAGCUCCGAGCGGUAAGAGAUAAAUUCUCCUAAAAUAAAGGAAAAUAAAGACAAAUACGAGGUUUUAAUCAACUGAAAUGAGAAUUUUGUGGUCUGUUAGUGUAAAAAAAAUCAAAAGUAAAGACUGUGUGUGGAUGUAAGGUGUGAGAGUAGCAGAGAAAUCGGUGUCUGUAAUUUUGUCGAUUCAUCUUCGUGUCUGUUUAUCAGGUUCAUGUUUUCUAAAGAUUAAAACACUUUUAACGACAACAGUUAGGAUGAAACAGCUCUGUUGAAAUUAAAAACGGACAUUUUUAAGUGUUUUCACGGUCAUUUGUUUCCCUAAAUCUGUUGGUUUCAGACCGGCCUGUUUUCUCUUUCACUUUCACAGCCUUGAGAUUAAACUCCGCAGUAACUCUCUUUAUCAUCUCUGUUUAUCUUCUUUAACCUCAUUAAACUUCAUUUAUUUGUGUUUCCACUCUCACAGGGUCUGACUACAGUCUACAAACAUGGUGAGUAUCCUUCAUUAUUUCAUCUGUCUGUGUUGUAGAUUUACUGAAGGACAAAAACAAAUCAUCAAAUACUGUUACCUGUCUACAUCUAUCUUAAAUUAUAGUUAUAAUUAAAGUACAUUUACAGAAGUAAGCUCAAUUUUUCUCUUUAUAGUUCAACUAUAUAUUUAAUUAACACCUGUAACAUUGUUGUCUGUGUUUUAUUGUUCUUAUCGAUCAUUUUUAACUUGAUUUAAUCGGUUUUCUUCUUUACAUUCAGUCCCGGCGAUAUGAUUCACGGACGACCAUCUUCUCCCCUGAGGGUAAGAGUUUCUGAAUAAAGUCAGUGAUAAUACUGUAAGCUGAACAGUGAGCUUCUUCUAUUUGUUUUUGUUAUUUUAAAGGGAUAUUCUGGGGUAGAAUUAAUUUAGGGUCAAACACAGAGUUAGACACCCCCUCGAGAGAUGAAUGUUGCUGACCGCUUGCUUCUCUAGUUAUAUCAACUUUAGUAAUGACCGCAGGAUAGCAACACAGAGUGGUCUACAUCUCCACGCCCAAACCUCAACCAAAACUCCACUCUAUAGCCACAAAUAAUGCUCAGAACAGCACCUAACUUCAUCAACAGGACAUAUAGGGUUAAAGAAAUCAGGCUAAACUAAAACGCUGUUUGGCGGCUAGUACUGUGGUUGGGACCCGUUAUGGCGUGUUUGACAAUUUUACGUCAGAAUAUCCCUUUAAGUGCUGUCUCUAUAUUAAACAAUGUGUAUUAUGUGAAGGCAUCUAUGUUUACCUUAUACUGUCUGUGUCAUUCGCAGGGCGGCUGUAUCAGGUUGAGUACGCCAUGGAAGCCAUCGGGCACGCCGGCACGUGCCUGGGAAUUUUAGCGAAUGAUGGCGUGCUGCUGGCGGCUGAGAGGAGGAACAUCCACAAGCUGCUGGAUGAAGUGUUCUUCUCUGAGAAAAUCUACAAGCUGAAUGAGUGAGUCAUUAUCUUUUCUAAAGCUAUGGUGAGAGGUGAACUGUAGGGAGGAGAGAGAAGACGAUGACAUGAUCGGCUGAAACUGCUGUGAUGAGGGCUUCUGUAGCGUCUGUAUGUGCACCUCUCCUAACUCUUCCUGUUUCUUUGCAGGGACAUGGCGUGCAGCGUGGCGGGAAUCACAUCAGAUGCGAACGUACUGACCAACGAGCUGAGGCUCAUAGCACAGAGGUGAGCUGCUGUCCGACUUUGGUCCUCGUAUUUUCUCUUGUUACAAAUAGUUCUUGUUUGAAAAUGAUCGUUGAUGUUCCAGGUACCUGCUGCAGUAUCAGGAGCCAAUGCCGUGUGAGCAGCUGGUCACGGCUCUGUGUGACAUCAAACAAGCCUACACCCAGUUUGGAGGUAAGAAAUAUCAUCGCACAGUUAAGAUUUAUCUAAAGACAUAAAAAUACUACUAUGCCUGCAUUUCGCUCAAGUGUUUGCCUCAGCUUUUUACUUCGGGAUCUUAUGGACCCUGUAGACCCUGUAUCCUCGUUGUAGAAGUCCUGCAAACAUUGUGUUUGCUGGUAGUCUGUUGGCAUCUACAGGAGCACCAAUGCUUUUGACUUUCACCUUGACUGGGCCCCAUUUGUAAUGAUCUGAAGUAUUUAUCUGCAUUAUAUCGGAAUUUAAUUGGAACGAUACGAGCGAGCAGGAGCGUCUGUUUGUGGGCGGGGCUUGCUGGAGCAGAGAGGGAGGGGAGAGGAGGAGCUGAGGGGAAAACUGGUUUGGAGGGGUAGAGUUUACAUUCAAGAUUCCUCCUAAAAACUGGAACUUCCUCAUAUCCUGACUACCCCACCUUUAAUCGGAGUGAGGCAAUAAUUUGGUUUUCUUGAGUGUCAUGUAAACAUACUGAAUAUCAGAUCAAAAUGAGAGUUUCACAAGUUUCAAAUGAAGUCUUGUUCAAAUUUCAAAGUAAAAUCAUGAUCAACACUCCAGCUGAAUAUGUGUGUGUGUCUGUUUCCACAGGGAAGCGUCCCUUCGGAGUCUCUCUGCUCUACAUGGGCUGGGAUAAACACUACGGCUUCCAGCUCUACCAGAGCGACCCCAGCGGAAACUACGGAGGCUGGAAGGCCACCUGCAUCGGCAACAACAGCGCUGUGAGUCUCACUAAAUCUUUGAACCUUGUACAGAUGAGUUAACACUGAAGUAGGCCGAAUUAGAAACCUGCAGUUCCACUCACUGACACCAGAGGGCGCAGCUGCUCUUCAAACACAGCUGUUACCAAAAGAAGUGUAGGCUGUGGGUAAACAGACAUGCUGUGGCCUACAUAGUGCUGACUCUUGGGGCGUCUAAUUGUGUAAGUCCUGAUUCAUGAUGGUUUUGUUAAUCUGAGUGGGUCUCUAGGGGGCGGCACACAAUGCAUUAUGGGUAGCCGAGCAGCUCCAGAGCAUUGUGUGAGCGUUUUUGUCCAGGAUAGCUUACAGAACCCUGAGUGCACGCAGUUUUACUUUGGGGGUCUCCAGUGAGGAAACACACACCUGAUCCUGACAGUGGGAGUUUUGUGCUCCACACAGUGAGGCGUUCAGGAGCGGGUAUCAGAUAUCUGAGAGAUGAGGAUGAACCCGGGUGUAAAUGCAGUCCUCACAAAACAGAGCAGAUGGGAUUCUGCAGAUUCUGAUAACAAAAAGGAAAGUGUUUUUUUUUUUUUUUUUAAGCAGUCAGGGUGGUUUCUAACACGGUCUGUCUUUGUUCCUGUGAACCCUCACAGGCUGCAGUCUCCAUGCUAAAACAGGACUACAAGGAGGGCGAGAUGACUCUCUCCACAGCCCUCGCUCUGGCCAUCAAAGUCCUCAACAAAACCAUGGAUGUGAGCAAGCUGUCCGCAGAGAAAGGUGUGGGUUUAAGCCGAGUGCACACACUGAACAUUUUACAGGAUUUCAUCCACUGAUCUGUGAGCCGACUGUCAGCAAAGAAAUCCCACGCUAAGGCUGUCGCUUUUUCCCGAUAUCAGCUUCAAACAAAUAACGAACAUGACUUCUGUCUUUACCUCCUCAGUUACUGUUUAAUUAAGUUAAACACAACAGUAACUCAACUCAACUCUAUUUGUAAAGCUCUUUAAAACAACCACAGCUGAACAAAGUGCUGUACAGAAACAGACAAAACAGCGCAGACAUAAAAACAAUCAAAAAACAAUUAAAACAGUGGAUAAAAUAAAAGCAGAUAUUAAAAAGUAAAAUAUAGUUUCAAUGUUUUUAAAAACUCAUUUAAAAACAUAGAAACAAAUAACUAAAAACAAACCAUAAAACACUAAAACAGGAGCAGAGUCUCAUGCAGGGUUGAAAGCCAAUGAAUAAAAACGGGUUUUAAGACGAGUUUUAAAAAUGGACAGUGUGGGGGCUUGUCUGAUUCGGAGGGGGAGCUCGUUCACAACAGAAAAAGAUCUAUCCCCUCUGAGCUUCAGUUUGGACCUCAGUACCUCCAGGAGCAGCUGAUCAGCUGACCUGAGGCACUGAGCGAGCAGGGGUGGAGAAGCUCAGAUGGAAACAGACCAUUUAAAGAUUUAAAAACAAAUAAAAGAAUCUUAAAAUGAACUCUAAAAUGCACGGGUAACCAGUGGAGGGAGGCCAGGAUGGGAGGAAUGUGCUCCCUCUCAUGUACUCCACUUAAGAGCCGGGCGGCUGCGUUUUAUACCAACUGGAGACGUGAGAGGGAGGACUGGCUGACUCCAAAAUAAAGUGCGUUACAGUAAUCCAGCCGAGAUGUAACAACAGCAUGGAUUCCUGUUUCAACAUGCUUAUGUACAAGGAAUGGUUUUGCCUUAGUCAGCUGCCUCAUAUGAUAAAAGCUUUAUUUCACUACUGAGCUAAUUUGCCUGUCGAAUUUAAAAUCACUGUCCAUCUUAGAACCCAAAUUUGAGACGGUUGGCUAUAAAUAGUCGGCUAAAAUACCCAUAUCAGAGACAGCAGCCCCUUUAGACUCUAAUAUAAACACUUUCCUGGACAGAAAAAGUCAAAUUACCAACAUAAUAAUUUCAAUAAACUCAAACCGCUAUAAUAUUGGCACAAAGACAACUUGACAAAAACAUACAUGUAACAAGCAGCAGUCGCCUCCGGCAAGGGAAUGGCUGGAAAACAGGCAGUCAUGCGAAGGCAGACACUUUGGUAUUACAUCACUUCACUGUUGUGUCUCGUCAGCUGCCGCCUCAGCCACGAGGUGAGUCAGUCAGCUUGUACUCUUAUCUUUGUCUUUAACUUUUCCAUCUAAUGUCUGUUAUUUCCAGGAUUAAAGUCAAAUAUAAUUUUCCAGAAGACUGAAGGAUCAUGAUGAUCCUCAUAAAUACAGAGAGACAGAGGCAGAGAUAACACUCGUACAUGUUGGAGCUUUUUACUGCCUCACCAACCAUGUGAGGGCAAAUUUCCAUUUAUACAAACCUUAUUAUAAUCGGACGGAGGGAAGAGGAAGCAACAAACAAAAAGAAUCAAAUAUGAUUAUAAAUGCAAAACUCCAGCUGCACUCAAAGACGAUAAAGUCACCCAGUCUGUUUCAGUUCAAGUCUAAAACUCUCAAGAUUCGCGACGCUGCAGGAUUUCAAAUCAAAACAAAGACGGAGGCCGAGAACAAACCGUUCCUCAGCAACUUCACCACAUUAAGAAACAUCAGAAAACAAUGGCCCUGUUUGUUCUAGGCGUGGUUUUUAUUUGUUUAUCUUAAAUAUAAGGGUGAGUCUGCAGUCAGCGAGCUUUAAGACCCGGUCGACCUGUUUGAGGUCUAUGAGGUGAUCGCCAGGCGUCAGUGUCUUUGUGCCAACAUGUUCCAAAGCAAAAGCUGCCUUCUAAAACACAUUCAUAAUACGCAAAUCUGUUUCAGUGGAGAUCGCCACCCUGACCCGCGAGAACGGCAAGACCUGCAUCAAAGUGCUGAAGCUGAAGGAGGUGGAGGAGCUGAUCAAGAAGCACGAAGCCGAGGAGGCCAAAGCUGAGAAAGACAAGAAAGAGAAGGAGCAGAAGGAGAAGGACAAGUAGAGAGACGCUGACCUUCACGAGUUUGAGUUUGAGUGUGAGAGUGAAUGUGAGUCUGAAUGAGACGGUGAAAACGGAGCUUUCAGGUGUGUCGUUUUUUUGUUUCUACGAAUAAAUCCAGUUGAUAAAUGACUGAAUUUGCUAUUUCA